UUUCAAAGUUGAACAUGGAGCGAAACAAUGUUCGUGCUCUGAAUCAAGGGGGUGUUCUUCAAGCUACGCCUAAGUACAAUAGUAGUAUACUAGAGGACUUGUUUCUAGAGGAUAAUGCAGAAUUUGUCAGAAGAACUUUCCUUGGAUGGAAAGAAUUAGGAGAGGCUUUGAUUUUGCUGAAAGUCUGGGCUCAACAGAGAAGUUCAAGAUAUGCCCAUGAUUGCUUAAGUGGAUUCCUAAUUUCUGUCAUAAUGGUAUACCUUACAACAAAAUCUGGUGGGAAAUGCAUUAAUAAUUCCAUGAACACAAUGCAGAUAUUUCGUGUCACAAUGGACUUCAUUGGUAUGUGUAGUUUUUCCUUCUUCCCUUUACUGUUCAGAAGUUAGUUGCAUAUUUUUCAUUGAAUAAAACUGGAGAACCAAAUGAUUUAUUUUCCCUGUAAAUGCAUAUCUUGUAGGAUUUGCAAUGAAACUAUUUUUUGUCUCCUUUUUCAAUUGACAGCUAGCUCUGUUGUGCACAAGAAUUCAUAACCAUUUAGCAAAUGGUAUGUUUGUGAAUUAACGAAAGUUCUUUUUUGUUUUUGUUUGUUUGUUUUUUUGCAGCCACUUCAAAAUUAUGGGGAACUGGGCUCUUCUUCCAGCCUCAAGGUGAGAGCAAUACUUUGAAGGAAAGGAGGACAUCUUUACAAUCAUUUCCAUUAAUCAUAUGCGAUCCAUUUGCUGGCUUUAAUUUGACAUUUCGCAUGACAAUGAGUGGUUUUCUCGGG